GAGGUUUGUGGGCCGCUUGUCGCCCAGGUCGUGUCUUGCGCGGAAAGGGGGGCAGGGGGGGUAGAGUUUUUUUUCCCCGUUUUGCCUUUUUUGUUUUUUUUUUUACCUGUGGCAUAAGAAAUUCCUUGAACACAUAAAGUAGGAUAGAUGUUUAAAAUGUGACCGGCGCUUUCGAGGAGAGGCAAUUUUACGCGUUGUAAGAUGCAGACGAGGAGGAGCUAAAAAGAGACUUAUCAGGGGGGCAAGGCACGAGAAAGUUUCGCUAUUUUAGGAGACCCGGGAGGUGCAUGUGGAGUGCCGCUACGUAAUGUGUAUCGGUCCCGGUAAGGGGCCAAGAAACCGGAGCUGCCGGAGCCGUGCGUCGGGUUGCAUGUCGCGUCCAUCGCCUCCUUCCCGGCUUCAGGGACUGGCUGUUUGUGUUGGGAGGUCGCCGCCAGUGGAGAGCCGCAAGCCGGGCUGCAGCUGAAACAUGACGCCGCAGCUGCAGCCGGCUGUGAGGCGGAGAGCAGCGGCUUAAUCCGAGGCGCCGAGCCCGACCGCAGUCCCAAGCGCUUUCGCCUCGGGAGAUCUGACCGGGAGCGAUCUUAGGGUGAUCUGCGUGCUGAUCAGCCUGUGUGGUUACAUGUGCCCGGCGCAGAGGUGGCUAGCUGGAAGGUAGCUGGGUUGUAGGAGCUUUUUAUAUUGGAAACACACGGGUUUGGAGACCUGCAACACCUCUCGAUGGAUCUCCGACUGGCUUUGCUGCUGCUGUUUGGGACUCUCAUGGUCUUUCUGGCCUCCGCAGUCAGGCCGUCCACAGAGCAGAAGGUUUACACAAACACGUGGGCUGUCCACAUCUCAGGGGGCGUGGAGCAGGCUGACCUGAUCGCCAGGAAGUACGGCUUCAUCAACCAUGGCAAUAUCUUUGGAGAUUAUUACCAUUUCCAGCAUCGCGCUGUGGUGAAGAGAUCCCUGAUGGAGCACCGAUCGAGACACGCGAGGCUGCAGAAGGAACCUCAGGUGAAAUGGGCAGAGCAACAGGUGGUGAAACGACGGAAGAAGAGAGAUAUUUACAGUGAGCUAUCAGACCCCAGAUUUCCCCAGCAGUGGUACCUGUAUAAUGUGAACCAUAGAGACCUGAAUGCCAGAGGAGCCUGGGAGCAGGGCUAUACAGGGAAGGGUGUUGUGGUGUCCAUCCUGGAUGAUGGGAUUGAGAAGAACCAUCCUGAUCUGAUCCAGAACUAUGACCCAGAUGCCAGCUAUGAUGUCAAUGAUAAGGACCCAGACCCACAGCCCCGCUACACGCAGCUCAAUGACAACAGGCACGGAACCCGCUGUGCAGGAGAGGUGGCAGCUGUGGCCAACAAUGGCAUCUGUGGAGUGGGGCUGGCCUACAACGCCAAGAUCGGAGGUGUCCGCAUGCUGGACGGCGAGGUGACCGACGCAGUGGAAGCCCAGUCCCUAAGCCUCAAUCCACAGCACAUCGAUAUCUACAGUGCCAGCUGGGGCCCGGAGGAUGAUGGGAAGACCGUGGAUGGUCCAGCCAAGCUGGCCAAGGAGGCAUUUCUGCGUGGUGUCACUGAGGGCCGAGGGGGGCUGGGCUCCAUCUUCGUCUGGGCGUCGGGGAAUGGCGGCCGGGAGAAAGACAGCUGCAACUGUGACGGCUACACCAACAGCAUCUACACCCUGUCCAUCAGCAGCACCACCCAGAAAGGCAACGUCCCCUGGUACAGCGAGGCCUGCUCCUCCACCCUCGCCACCACCUACAGCAGCGGGAACCUGGACGAGAAGCAGAUCGUGACUACAGACCUCAGGCAGAAGUGCACAGACUCCCACACAGGAACCUCUGCCUCUGCACCCUUGGCUGCUGGGAUCAUCGCUCUAGCCCUCGAGGCCAACCGGAACCUCACUUGGAGGGACAUGCAGCACCUGGUGGUGAGGACCUCGCGCCCAGCUCACCUCAACACUAACGACUGGAACACCAAUGGAGUGGGCCGCAAAGUGAGUCACUCCUACGGCUAUGGGCUUCUGGAUGCUGGUGCUAUGGUCACUCUGGCCAGGAACUGGACCAAUAUGGGCCCGCAGCAGAAAUGCGUGCUUACCAUGCUUUCAGAGCCCAGGAAUAUUGGGAGCCACUUGCAGAUCUCUAAGGUUGCGGACGCGUGCGAAGGAAAGACCAACUUUGUGAGCUCCCUCGAACAUGCCCAGGCGCGGCUCACCUUGACCUACAACCGCCGAGGGAAUCUGGCCAUUUAUUUGACCAGCCCCAGAGGAACCCGUUCCACUCUCCUUGCUCCCAGGCCUCACGAUUACUCCUCCGAGGGCUUCAAUGACUGGGCUUUCAUGACCACCCACUCCUGGGACGAGGACCCGAGAGGGGAAUGGACAUUGGAGAUUGAGAAUGUGGCCGGGGCCAGUGACUAUGGGACCCUGACCCAGUUCACUUUGGUUCUGUAUGGCACUGGCGACAGCUCCCCCAACGUCUCCAGAUCUGACUACAGCCAGUCGGCGAACGCCAGCUGCAAAACCUUCAACAUGGAGCAGGUCUGCAUAGAGUGUAGUCCUGGGCUCUACCUGUACCAGCAGGGCUGCGUGACAGACUGCCCACCAGGCUUCACUCCCGGAACCAAACAGCUGGACGUCUCCCUGGAGAACUGGGUGCAGCUCUCCUCUGUUGAGGCCUGCCUGCCCUGCCACCCCUCCUGCCUGACCUGUGUGGGCCAGCUCCCCACUGACUGCCUCUCCUGCCCCCCUCACAACCACCUGGACUCGUUCUCCCACGUCUGUCUGCACCAGAACCAGAUCCAGCGCGAGUCCCCUGGCCUGGCCCGCCUUGGCGACAGCAGGGGUCUCCUGAGCCCGGAGCUGUCCUCCAACCUGCCCGUCACCAUGGCGGUGCUCAGCUGUGCCUUCAUCGUGGCCACGUUCGUGGGGGUCUUCGUGCUGCUGCAGCUGCGCUCGGACAGUGCCCCCUGUGGCGGGCAGACCAAACUGCACUCCCUGGAGUCAGGGGGGGGCAUCCGGGUGGGCUUUGGCAUUGGCCGGGGGAGGGUGGUCUCCUACAAGGGAAUACCCUCGGUGUGGAGGGAGGACGGCUGUAACUCCGAGUCGGAAAACGAGGAGUUUGAUGCCCACAACGAGAGGACUGCCUUCAUCAAAACGCAAAGUGCUCUUUAACCCCCUCUGCCACCCUGUUUCUUGUGCCGCCUCACCCUCUCUCCCUUUAAGACCCUUACUUUUCAAUGGACUUUUCUGUUCUCUCUGGAGUUUUGGGAGAUGUUUAUUGAUUUUCUUCCUCUUCUGUUAUUCUACGUGGUGUUCUUUUUUUGUUCCCCGUUGGUCUGAUGGAGGUUUCCGGUCUUGUCCGGCUGGAGGAGACGCACGGUGAGGAUGAGGACAUGGAGAGUUAGCCCAGAUCGCAGCGGGCUCGGGGUAGGAGAGGGGUGGGGGAGGUCUCUCAGGCAGGGAGAGGAUUUCCAUCUCCUCCCAUACUUCUCACAUCUGGGGUCUUGGGUAUUAAUGGGUUUGGGAGAGAUGGCCUGGAAGAUGUUAAAGUUCCCAGUUUCGCAAUCUGUUACACGUUUCAAAAUAAAUGUAAGUUAUUCUUGGGUGUUUUUCCCUCCUCUGGUUGUUUUGUUUUCCCCUCUCCAUGGAGCUGCUCUGGUGCUAGUACCAUGGAGAGGUGAACUCGUGAUGCACAGGAAACACUUGCCCGUUCUGUGAUUUCAGCUUAAGCUGUUGGAGCUGCAGGGCACCAGCAGAUGAGUUAGCAAAGAUGAGGCUUAGAGCUGCACACCUAAUCCUAGUUUAUGCAGCUCAACUCUUCCUCCUCUGCGUUUGUUCUGGAAAGAGGUAUGUCUUUUCCUAAUGGGAUAGGAGCUUCCCUUGGUUUUGGAAUGCAGGCUAAGAAUAGGAUCCCAGCUCAGAUGCAUUGGGUAAAAAAUGAAAGCACUCAUCCUGUUCAUGGAAUAAAAACAACAAUAGUGGAAUUUAGAGCUGUUGCCUCUUCAUGAGCACUUGCAAGUGUCUGUAAGCUCCCUCAUACAAUAGUAAUAGUGUUAACAUCCACCCUUUUCAGUUUACUGCUGUAAAGCCCUUUUGUGCUUUUCUGUUGCUUUCUAAAGCAAUGGCAUUGGCAUCACAUUGUCAUGUUUGCACAAACUGCGAUUUUUCACGCACCCAUCCAGGGGCAUGUUGAGUGCUGGUACCAGAAUUGAGCAGCAGCUAGAGAAAUUCAGUCUGUACUAUUCCUUGGUUUUGAGCUAAGGGCCAGGAAACAUCCCCGCUGCAUUUUAAAUUAUUUUCUUUUGCUUCCCCAGUGACCGACAGAUUUGAGAUUACAUUGCAGUGGUAUCUAACAUCACUUCUUGCACUGACAGUUGUCAGCUCUACUGUUCCCUGACGUGCAGCUCAGUAAACAUGUCUGCUGCAACCCGUAUAAUGUGCUAGAUCCCUCAGUUGGAGCUCAGUUAUUGUAAUCACUGGCACAUUACAAAGGUUAAAGCCGUAUUGUCCAAUACAGGUGCACCUCCCCCAUCACCACUGCAAUGCCUGAUUUGUCAUGGUCUGUAAAUUUGAAUGGCCACUUGAGGUGAGGAUUAAUUAACCAAAAUGGUUUUGAAUGUGCAUGCACGUGCAAUAUUUCAGAUGAAGGGGAAUGGUGGGAGUAGCAGCUGAAGGUGUAACUUGUGAAUCCUGUUAAAGGGCUCCAAUAGACUUCUCCUAAGCUUGGCAGUAAUGGAGGACUCUCUCUAAUAGGCUGGAUUUCAUGCACUACAGAACAAUUACAAUAAUGCUUCCAAGACAAUCUUUAAGCUACAUUUUAUGCCAUGCUCUGUGACCAAUGCUAGUCUGCUUUUUCCUAAUGAUCUUUCAUGGAUCUUUCAAUUCAGCUGGGUGGCCAAAGCACAACCAUUUUCAUUUUACCUUGAAAUGGAGCGUUUUGUGUGUGCAAUAAAUGGAACCCCUUGUUAAUGUGGGCGUGUCCCUGUGGCUCUGGAUGAAGGCUUGCUACAUGUAGAUUUUAUCCUCUUUUAUAUUGUUGAUACAACUUUUAAGAGCAUAAAUUAUUUUAUAUAGAAUGAUAAUGCUGGCUUUACAGAGCUGCCCUUGGCAUUAACAAGCAAACUAACAAGAACAAAUGAGAUCUCUGGCAACAUUUACACAUGCUGUCUAGUCAGCUUCAAAGAAGGUGACUUUAAAAUAUGUACUAUGCAGUUGGCAGCUAUGGUUAUUAAUGCUUCGCUGCUUUUUAAGGUAUUUUUCUUAACUGCGCUGAGGGACAUCUAUGGAAAUGUGUGAGAGGUUUUUUCCUCUUCUGAUAAGAGCGUUUCCUUAUGAGCUUGGAUCCUCUUCUAUACAUCAGAUGUGAAGCACUUUGACCUGUAUCUAUUCCAUGCUGCAGCACUGAACUCUCAUCUCUUCUGUUAUUUUUUGAGAGGUCUCUUGCAUGCUGUAGGCAGUCCAAGCCUGGAAUGGAAGAUGUGGUGAUUCCUGGUCUACAAUAAAGGCUUGGGAGAGAGGUGGGAUUGCUGCAAAUUGUAAUCAAAUUCAGGCUUAAAGCAAAACUACAAUCUCCAUUUAAACAUGCUACCUGAAUGUCCUUAAUCAGAGUUUAUCAUUGAUUAGAGGACUCUGGAAGAUAAAGUGAUAGAAGGGAGUGAGGAAUGUCAACUUUGAAUGAUGAGCAACACAAACAUCUUUAUUUUUUUUCUGACAUGGAAGCAUUAACUACAAUUCUUGAAAAUGUAUCAACUGUUCAAGCUCUGAGCAUGGAGCUCCAUCUGCUGUUGGUACCAAUGCAUUCUAACUCUUAUUGGCACCUUCUACUGUGUGCAAAUGUGCUCUUUAAAGCGUGUUUGGUGGUGGUGGGGCUUAAUCUUUCCUGCUGUUUUUGAGUAUUGAACUUUCUUUUGCUUAUAUGCAAAGUCCACACGGCUGGACAGCUGUAAAGUCACAUAUCCUCUGCAGUGUUGCUUGUAGUCAGUUUUCACAGCAGGGAAUGAAAGGAAAGGGUGAACCCGUCAUAUGCAGCUUAGAGAGAAUUACCAAAGACUAUGUACUUUGUUUUAAGUAUAUAACUUUUUUUGGUGAUGAUCCCCGGCCUGUCAGUCUGUAAUCUCUUGUCAUUGUGGAAACGUGUGUGAUGGAGUUGGCAAAAUAAGGAGAAAAGGAUGGAAAAUGUAUUUUUUCCCCCUGCUUCUUGGAAUGUAUGCAUUUUCUCUUUUUUUUAUGUGAAUGCUUAUAAAAAAGGAAGGGUAGGAUACUGCCCUCACGCUCAGGGGGGUGAUGAGUAAACCAGUGGGCACCUGCUGCUGUGCUCAAUACAGCAAAGCGAAUGCCCUCGUAAUGAGGGGCGUUGGUUUGCGGUGUGUGGAUGCCCCGUGACAAUCCUUGAGGGGUGUGGUGUGCUUGGAGGUUUCCCCCUCAUGGACACGGGGAACCCCCUGUAAGCCGAGGGCCGGAGUGCCCCGCUGCCGUCUGGAAGAAGCUGCUUGUCUGUUGCGGGGCCUGUAAGCCCUGUGGGCACCUGAGCCUGUCGGACCUCCAUGGGCUUCACUCCGCGAGCCCUUAGGAACCCCCCAUCUCUUCCGUCUCUCCCGGUGAGGUUGGCAGCCUCUCUUGGUUGCCCUACAUUAGCGAUGGUGAUUUAUAUGAAUACGAUCGUGUGUGACUGCCUGGGAUGGAGAAAAAGAAUU